UGUUAUAGGUCAUAUGCAAAUGAGAUGCAAGUGACAUUUAGCGCGAAACGCGUAGCGUUCACUUAUCGAAAUAUUCAAUAAAUAUGGGAUGUGGAGGAUCUACAAGUAGUGAUCAAGGGCAAAAUUCGGAUGAUGGCCAAAAGACAACAUAUUUCUACCGCCAACCCAAAGUCAGCAUUAAGGCUGGCAAUGAAGUACGGCUAGAAGGCGAAACUAAAGUCAUAUUUGCAUUUGGUGGACCUGGCACAAAGAAAGGGAAGAUUCUAGACAAUUUAUCAAAUGUGUUUGGUAUGGAAAUAAUAAAUGUAGAGAACCUCAUCCUAGAAAACCUUGCAAAAAAAGUCAAAGACCCAGAUCCAAACAGAAUUGUACCAAUGAUUCAGUCAUUGUUAAAGCAAGAAGAGAGUUUUUUGCGACUAGAUGCGGUAUUACGUAUGGUAAGCAGAGCGUUGCUAGCACAUGACAAGACGAAAUUCUUUAUUGUAGACCUAAUGCCUAACCUUAAAUGGAUGUUGAAUAAUCCCAUGUUUAUCAAAGAAUGUGCUGAUGAUUUCAAAACCUUCGAGGAAAAGUUUCCGAUUUCGUUUGCAAUUCAUUUUGUUGUACCUAAAGAGAAAGUGAUAAACAAACUGCAAGUAGAAUGUGCCAAACAUCCAACCACACAAAAAGAUCCUAAAAAACCAGAUGCUCCCAAACAGUCCGAUGAAGCAGACUCUAGCAGGACACAGAAAAGAGUCAUUCUUUACCAAAACAGUAUUAAACAUUUUAUGGACUACUUCACAAGUAAAGAUAAAGUCGUCACCGUAGAUGUGUCUUGUGGUAUGCCUCAAGUGAUCUGGUCUAAAGUCUGUGAUUUCUUCACGCAGUUUAACUUCCAGUCUACAUGUAUACCAGAAUCUGUCGUCAUCUUUGGAUUUGAUCAAAGUGACUUGGAUGAGAUACAGAUUGGGAAUUACAGUCUUACAGUGAUUAAAACCAAAGACCUUGUACCAGAGUCCAAUGCUUCAGUGGAGGUGUUGCUAGAUGAGAUAUGUAGGACUAUAGACAAUAGUGAUCCUACCGGACAAGUGUACGCUGUAGACAGCACUGACACAGCGUUAACUAAAGACCUGAAGAAAGACAAAACAAAGCGUUCAAUUCAGUUUCACGAGGCCGGGAAUGAUUGCAGACUAGGCCGUUACUGUUCUGUUAAUCUUACAAACAAAGGUGACCCGGUUGAGCUACAGGCUGUGUCAUCAAUACACAAUGAGGUGUGUCUAUUCCCAAAGUCCGUAUCAGCUGAUCUGUGUAAAUGGAUUGCUAUAACCAUGGCCGAGUGUCGCUUGAAACAGAAGAAAAGUAGAUAGAGUUGUGUCCCCUUUUAGAUAUCUUGUUGUGUGUUUAAGAUAGUUGUACAGUAGUUAUGUUCAAAGUUUGUUACGCCAUUCAGGCACAAGUGUUGUUAAUGUUUAGGAACCUUUUUAUACAUUUUUUAAAAAUUAUUUCUAAGGUUUGUGUUCAGUAGGUUUUGUUUGUUAUGUAGAUUUAUUGAUGCGUUAUUUGGCUGACCAGUUAUUUUGAUCAUAAGGAUGUAUUUGGAGAGGGUAUGUAGUAUGUAUAUUGACAUUACGAGGGGUUAUCCAAAAAUUUGUGGACUUUCUUUGUUGCGUAAAAUAUAUUUAAGGUAUUGAUUUGAAAUUCUUACAGUGCUUAGAAAAAUAAAUAACAAAUAAACACAGAAAAAUUCAUGUAAGUAUCUUUAUAUUACAGCAAUAUUCAAUUUUACAUAAACACAUGUCGGCGACAGCGGCUCACUCCAAAAAGUUAUUGACGUCAACAUAUUUAACGUACAACUUAUGCUUCAACAUUACGCAGUCAAUAACAGUUAACCCUUCUCAAAGUAAUGUCCAUCACUAAUUUUUAUGCAACUUACACACUAAUUACCGUGAAAUUUUAUUUUCUCUGUUUUCCUGCUGAUUCUUUUCAAAUGUUUUUGUAGAUGUCAUUUUCAAAUUACAACAAAAUUUUAUGAUCACGCUAUUUUCUAAUUUCUGCGUGUCUGUCAUUUUCCCGUUGUAAACAAUAUUGUUGUCUGGCGUUUCUGGCAAUUUCAACAAAAAAUUAACAGAAAUGACGUCCAUAAUUCUAUAAAGAAUGACUUAAGUGACAUCAUAGAAGAAACAUGCGAUGUUUAUCGGGUUUUCUACAUUAAUAAGUAGUUAUGUAACCAAAAAUGUACAAUGACUAACUGCACUUUUCUACCGUGCAUGGGGUGCUGUGCAUGUGCUUAUUUAAAAGCAAUAUAAAAUCAAUAUUCAUUGACGCAGUUAACUGUUCCUUUCAAAACAAGUUGAUAAUAUUCUACAAGGUAUGCUGAUAAAGUUUCAUUACAAUACACAUUGACGUUCAAUAAAUAUUUAAAAAGGCCACGAAUUUUUGGAAUACCCCUCGUAAGCUUGAUUUUCUCUUUCUGUUUUUGAUACUUCAUCAGAUGUUUUUUUUUAAAAUGAACUGUAUCAUAUAGGUAGAAAAAUGAUCUUAUUUUUAAGAUAUGUUAAUUUAAUGUCUUUUGUAAAAAGUGUUAACAUAAUUCAUUAUUUUCGGAUGAUCUCCAUUUUGUCAAGUAUUCUGUAUCUAACUGCAUAUUUAAUGCUUGAAGAUAAUUUUUUCUUUUAGUUAUUACAAGUUUUAAUCAAUGUAGACAAAAGAAAUAAGGAACUGUUGUAGGCUUACAUCAGUUUUAAUGACAGGCUCUUUCCAGCACCAAGUUGAUAUCUAUUUGAACAUUUUUUUUCCAAUGAUUUUACAGGGAAAAAGCAUGCUUUUGAGAUUAAUCAAAUUGUCAUAUGUUGUACAUAAAAAUCAUCUCUUCUGAAAUGUAUGUCUGGAUUUUGACCAAACUAAACACAAGAAAUCCUUGGUCAGUCCCCUACCAGUUAUUUAAAUUGUAUUACCUGGUUGCUUAAGAAUACCUUGGUGCCAAAAGGAGUUUAGAAAUGCAAUUUUUAAAAUCUUAUCAGAUUCUACAAGGCAUCAUGUGGUCUUAUUUUCUCGAAAUACAUGUUUAUGUUAAUAUUAUCUUCUCCGAAACACUAUUGCCUACAUGGACUGUAUAUCUUUUAGUUGCUGCUGCAUUUAUGAUACAUAAAGUUUAACACUCUGUAAAUUUUAUUGAUCAGAAUUUAUUUCACAAAAGCUUGAAGCAUGUUAUAUCAUUACUAAUAUGUCUUGGAUGGGCAAUUUAGGGCCAAUGGUCCCUUUGUUUGUAUGAAAUUGUUUAAAAUUAUCCAACAGCUUUCAUUUAUUUAAGUUUGUGUAGAUUGAACAUUAGCAUGAUAUUUA